GCAACUUUUUCUUUUCAUCUUUUCAACUUUUCGUUUUCUUUUAAAUUCAAAUAAACACUCACGUUACAGCCACUAAUUCAGCCUUGUCUGCAGCCUUUUGAACAUGGAGCAACGCCAGCUGAGACCAAUUUACGAAGCACUGGAUCGGCGCGACUAUAAGGCCGCGCUCAAGGAGAGCAUGAAUUUACUGCGAAAGAACCCGAACCAUCUCAGUGGCCAGGCGCUGAUGAGUCUAGCGCUGGCGAGAACCGGCGACACACACUCAGCGAUGACUCUAGGACAGAAGGUGCUUAACACUGCCGGUGCGCUGAAGAACCCCCAUGUACUGCAAUGCCUGCCGAUGACAUUCCGCCUAUUGGGGCACGCGCAGGAGGAAGCGGCGGUUUACACCGGUGCGCAAGAAUUUUUUCCCAACGAUAAAGCAAUCUGCGCCAAGCUUUUUAUGGUAGCCGCGAGCAAUGGUAUGUACAAGGAGCAGCACCAGGCGGCAGUCAGCCUGUUAAAGCUGACCAAGGACGAUAAGUACAUGUGGUGGGUGGUUGUCAGCCUGGUGCUGUUGACAAAGUUCUCAAAGGAGGACGAGAAGACCAGGCAGAUGCAACUGGCUCUGGCUGAGCGCAUGGCUGAGAAGUCCCUGGAACAGGGAAGGCUGACGACGACCGAGGAAUUGCGCAUAUACCUCGAAGUCCUUGACAUACAGAGCAAGCACGCAGAUAUGCUGGCUGUGCUGUCCUCUGAUAGUCCGCUGGCAGAAAAGAUCAGCAACGACCCUGAUCUGGUCACGCAACGUAUCAGUCUGCUUUUGAAGACAGACACAAACGAUAAGGCUGUGGAGGCUGCUGUGCGGGCGCUCAAUGCUAAGGAUAAUUGGGCCGACUACAAGCUUUGCGCCGAGGCCACUAUUGGGCAGAUAUCUGAAGGCGAGAGCGAAGGCGAGUUGCUGAUAACUUCUUUCCGUGAGACCGUCCAGAAAUGGGCGCAGAUCCGCGGCCGGGCACGCGGCGCCGAGCUGGCCUUGGUUGAACUUGUUUCUGGGCUCUAUGCAGCCGGACACCAAGUGCUGGCUGACAAGACUGUGGGGCCGCUGGGCGAACAAAUGUGGAAGUACAUAGACCAGUUCCAGUCAAAGGCCAUCUGCUUUGCGGACAUCACACAAUACUUUGUCAAGCAAGUGAAAGAUACAGACUCGUUGCACGCUUUGGAUUAUCACCGCGCCCAGGUGGUCUCUCGUUUGCAUGCUGCCCGCAGCGCCACGAGCCAGGGAGAAGACCAGGCGCAGGCAUGGGUGACUCUGGAGAAAAUUCGCUACCUACUGCAGGCUCUCAGUGGCGACACCAGCGUUGAGUCAUGGGCUGAGGGCACGGACCAGCUGCUUUCCCACGGUCUCAACUCAAAGGCCGCCGAGCGCAAGCAAGCGUCCUGCACUGACGCCGUCCUCCUAGCCAGCCAGCGUCUAAUCCAGGCGGCAUACCUGUCCUUCUCCGCCAGCGCCGACCGCGGGCAGCUGGCCUCCAGCUUAUUCGCUGUCCUGUGUGUUCUCGAGGCAGGAAUCAAGCAGAACGACGAUGGCUUCAUUCUCAAAAUCUAUGCCAUCCGCUUGUACCUGCUGCUCUCGUGCUACGACCGCGCCCGCGCCCUCUUUGACUCGCUGAACGUCAAGAGCAUUCAACUGGACACCCACAGUUAUCUCAUAAACGGUCAGGGCAUGGCCCUCGGAUGUUUUACACCGGACCUCGACCUGUGCUAUACUGGUGUCGGCUUCUACGACCGCGUGCACAUGAAGGUGACCGAGCAUCUGGAUGCGGCCUACAUGCAGGGUACGUAUUCCAACGUCUUGGAUUUCAUUGAAUUUGGAAGUAAUCUUCGUCACUCUGUCCAGCGUGAGUGCACGCAUAGGUGUGCGCUACGCGGCGAAGGGUUUGAGCCCGGCUGCGCGGACGAUGUGUUAGCCAAGUGGACGGAGGCCGAUGUGGUUUCAAUUGAGCAUACGGAGGAGUCCCUGGCCAAACUUCACGACAACCGCGACAUUAAGGCCAUGUCUCUAUUGGCUCCGCAGGACCUGAUUCCGUAUAACCUGGAGGUUCUCACGAGACCCACACCGCUGCCAGGCACUCAGUGGAUCCAAAUGUAUUCACUGAUCCCCCAGAUUAUUCACCACAUUGUCACGGCCGACACAGAAGCGCUCGAGACUAAGGCCCGCAGCCUAUUGUUGACGGUUAGCGAGGCAGGCGACCUGCUCUCUGCCCAGGACAAAAUGCUUGCGUGCGGUAUCAACCAGAUUGCUACGCUCUAUACCCGUGCCUCCGACAGUCAGCAAUCAUUCAAUAAUCAGUUGGAUGACCUUCUUGCCACAAUCCGCCAGGGCCUCUCCCAGGACAUCGCAUCCCAGGAGGUCACGACCCUGGAGGCUAUCUCCUCAACGCUUCUCCGGGACAUAACCACAGCAACUGAAAUCUACACGUACGCCAUUACCGCUUGUUAUGCGCUCGAAAGCCAGCGGGCUCCCUCAGCCAGAGCUGUGCGCCAGGCCUUUAUGAAAUUGCGCAAGGAAGCCCUCCAGCGCAUGGCUGUCCUGCGGUCGCUGGCCAACGGCUAUGUGCGCGGCGCUAUUGAUGAGCACUGGGUUGGAGCAAACGUUGGAUUUUCUGGACCGAUUUUUGAGUGCCUGUCCUCGAAGCGCAAGUCGGUGAUUGAUUCUGUGGCCAAAAACUGCUUUAAUGGCUGGAUUCGGUCUAUCAAAAACCUGGUUGUGCAGUGGGAGCAAUGCUCGUAGACACGGUGCGUAUUGAGUUUUGCGCCCAUAAAUAGACUUUUGAAUGUGCGCCCUAAUAGAUAAAUAAUAUGGACUGGCUGCAGUGGUGGUGUUAUUUUUUAACCCAUC